AGGCUACGUAGUCCACAUAUUAAAACCGUCGUAAGCACGAAAGAGGAACGUCAGAUUUCGGUGCUCGUUCCAUUGUAGUUGCAUUGUUGCAUACGAUCUUACGCGUGUGUAGUUUAUCCAUGUCCGUGGAGUACCAAUAGCGGAAACGAACAGAUUAUAAAAUGAAGACUCUGACUAUUUUGCUGCUUACGGUACUCGUAUCUGGAGUGGUUCCUCGAAGUAAUACUCCAUCUGAUCCUAACGACGCAAUAUCAUCUACAGACGUAUCGUUAAACCGUAUAGAAGAUUCUGCAGAAUCAUCGAAAAUAUCUUUACUUAAGACAAGCGAUACGUCCGGGAAAGUGUCUUAUUCCACUGGCGCAACAAUAAAUGGAGAAGCGAAAGACAAAACGUCCAUUUCGGGUGAUAAGAGGGUAACUUCAAAAUUAAAAAAAGAUGAUCUACAAGUUUUAAAACCUUUCCUUGGUCCUAAGGAUUUACUUUUGCAAGAAAUUCAUACUUUAGACGAAGAAGCUUCUAAUUCUAAGACUCAAGAUGGAGCCAAAAUGGAAGUUAAUGGUGAAAAACGCGUAAAUUUAACAUCCUCCUCAAAUUCAUUAAGGACAAUCGGCGAUAAUAGCAUAACCGGAAGCAGUGCUAAAUCAAAAUUAGAUAAAGAUGAAGACGCACCCUACGAAGAUGAUAUGAACGAGGACGAAGAAUAUGAAAACGAAGACGAAUAUGACGAUACUGAUGAAGACGAUAACGAAAACGACCAAGAGCCCGAAGAUGAUGAACAAGUGAUGACACAAUGUCCCGAUUAUUGUAAAUGUAGUGGGGAGUAUGCAGCUGUAUCGACUGCAACAUGCACCAAACUCGUGGAACAUCAAUCUUUUGACAGAAAUAUUGUACAUUUGCGUAUAGAAAAUGCUGGUCUAAUUAGUCUUGGCCCUCAUGCAUUUCAGUCACGAGGUUUCCAACAAUUGGAAUCUAUUGUGAUUUCUGACACGAGAAUAGUCGAAUUAAAUCAAACUGCGUUUGAUGGAAUACCGUACUUAUUUUCUAUAAAUUUAACACGUAACGAUAUUCAAGACAUUCAUCCGAAUACUUUCCAAAGCAACAAACAACUAUCAUUACUUGCUAUUUCUGGAAAUCCGUUAAAGCAUACGCAAGAUUUAAAAUUGGCAAAACAUGGCCUGUUUGACGCUCCAUCAGUUACAGAGUUUGAUUUCUCCUUUAAUGGUUUGACAAAACUAAAACGUACAGCGUUUUCAAAAAUGAAUGGUCUGACUUAUGUUAAUUUAAAAGGUAACAAAUUAAGGGAAAUUGACAGCGAAUCUUUUAACACGUUGGAAUCACUUCUGGAAGUGGAUCUUUCGAACAAUAUGUUGAACGAACUUCCUGUUGAUCUCUUUUCUAACAGUAGGGUUCAAACGCUUCGUAUUGCUGGAAAUAAUUUGACCAAUUUGAGUACUAUACAAGCACCGAGAGUGAAAGUAUUAGAUGUAUCUAAUAAUAAAAUUAAGAUAAUAGCAAAAGACGACUUUUCUGAUGCAACCCUACUGGAUACAUUGACAAUUAGAUCGAAUGGCCUCAAGAGAAUUCAUCAACAUGCUUUUACUAAUCUUAAUCAACUUACCAAUCUUGAUAUUAGUGAUAAUAAACUAACUUCUCUGACGGAACACCAUUUAAGAGCUAAUUCGAUGUUACAAGUUUUAUUAAUGAACGACAACCCUGAAUUGGAGACCUUACCAAUAUUCAAAACAUCUGGACCUGACUCUAAUACAUUCAGUGUAUAUCGAUUUGAAUGCUCAAAUUGUGGUUUGUAUUUCCUCGAAGAAGGAACUUUCAACGCCAUGCCAGCAAUAGCACGAUUAAAUUUAUCUAGAAAUCGUUUGACUGGUCUUCCCGACGGACUUCUGAGUCACCUCUCGUCUUUGCGAAUUCUUGAUCUUUCUGACAAUAUAAUUAGUACUUUAGAAAGUAAUAUGUUCCGUGGUGCCACUAGUUUAACUAAAAUCAAUCUUGCGGGUAAUCCUUUGACAGCAUUACAAGUGACACCAUUCCUGAUGACUCCCAGUCUUAAUAAACUCGAUGUAAGCAGAUGCGCUUUGGAGAGAGUUUGGUCUGAAGCUAGACUUCCACUGAAUAGUUUACGAUCCCUGUCAGUUCGGCAAAAUCUUCUUCGUCGGAUUACUGUAGAAGAACUAAGAGCAAUGCCAAAUAUUGUUGGUUUGGACUUAUCAUAUAAUCCUCUUGAUUGUGAUGUUGAGUUUAAAGAUGCUGUACAAUGGCUCACGGAUCAUGGUGUGACGCCACUUGAAUUGUCAAGUUAUAUCAGCAAUUAUGGUGAUAGUGACAACUAUCAAGACUCGGAAGGUAUCAGUCAAUGGACGGAUUUAGCAAAAAUAGUUUGUGACGGCAUUAGUUCUGGACCACGACCGAGACCAGUUCCUCAUAAAGAAACGAAGUUGAAAAUUUUCCUUGGUGGAUUUGACACGUCAGUAGAUUCAGACCCUCUACUGAGAAGCAGUGUUGAAAGUGAUGAAGACUUUCCUAAACUGCAUAACUUUGAUCACGGAAUAAAGUCAAAUGAAGAAUCUGAGAAAGCCUGGACAACUCAAGAUCAAGAAUACGAAGACUUUGUUGCCUCCGAAAAUAUGGAAUAUCAUCCUUGGUACACUAAUGCACUUUGGCCUGUAAUUAUUGUGAUUAUCAUAAUUUUGUUGAUUCUUCUACUAACGGCACGUAUUACAAUUCAUUUGACCAAACGGCGAGGUCAGGGACCUGUUAUCAGGCCACCACUGAUCCUUCGACAAGGUUUAAUUGACAAUAAGAACUGCGGUUUAGUGUAUAAGCCGCUUCAAGAAGAAAUCGCUACACCGCAUGUUCCGAAACGGGGAAGCUUUUACUCCAGCAGCACAUUCCAUUAUGACAAAAUCGUGCCAGAAAGUGUUUAGAAUUCGUCAUGAAUUACAGUUAAAUAAUUAAUUAUUUAGCAACCAAUAUAUUUGAAUUUAAAGAGGGUAAAAAAUAUUUAAAAAGAUAGAAAAUAUUCUUAAAUAUCGAUGCGCAAUUUAAUUAUACUCAGAAAAACGUGCCAUGUGCAAAAAUAUUAUACUUUUAAUAGUAGACACAAAGGGAACAUAUAGACUUCUACACUUAAUAUUAUAAAAUAUUCGUAAAUACUAAUAAAAGUACGGGCAAAUAUUUUUUAAUAUGAUUAACUAAAAUAAUUACAUUAGGAUGAAUACUAAAAAGCACGUUUUUCAGAGUGCUUAAUGUCGUUGCAUUUUCCAAGAAUUUUAUAAUACUUAAUAAUAUUUUGAAAGGAAAUUUAUACAUUUUAUAUGAAACUCUUACCUGCAUAAGUAACUAAUAUUCUUUUAAUCCAAAUAAACAAUUUUUAUUAUAAAUUGGAAUGUUAUAAUAAUAACUCAAUUAGACGAACAUUUAAUUAGUAGUACAUAAUUACCAUACUUUUUUUGUUGAUAUUGAUAAUUGUCAUUUAUAGAUAAAUAAAUGAGUUACUGUAAAAAUAACUGAAAUUAGAAAAAACAAAAAUCGGCAAAAGUUAAAGCAGGAUUUUAAAACACAACGAAUGUAAUUUUACAUUUUAAAUUUAGAUAAUUCUGUUCAAUCACAGUAAUAUAUACAAACUAUAAAAUACACGAUUCAUAAUUACGGUGAUGGUAACAACAUCACUUGUAGCAUUUGUUUAAGCCAUAGAAAGUUAAGUAUUUGUACCAAGUACUACAUAUAGUACCAAGUGAACUAAUUCCUCGUAGUAUAAAUAGUACAUUAUGAUGUGCUAUAUAUUAUGCUACAUGUUGUAAAUAAUGUAUAACGUUUUAAUAAAAUUUUGAUUAUAAUAAAA